AUGAAUUACUUGAAUAAUACCAAUGAUCAACAUGUUAAUCAAUCAAUAAAAUCAAUGAAUAUUCCAGAGAAAACUGUCCAUUCAUUAAACAAUUUGAAUUUAAUCAAUAAUAAUUCUAAAUCAGUAAUUAAAUCAAAGUUGAAACAAACAAAUGAUAAAAAUUUGAACCAAUUCAAACAAAAAUCAAAUAAAGUUCAAUCAACAAAACGAUUCAUUUCAAAACCAAAUUUAUGUCGUUUACAAGAUUUAUGCCUUGAAGAUCGUUAUAAAUUAAAUCAAUUAAUUAUGAAAUUAGCUGAAGCUCAAGAAGCAUUAAAUCAAAUGGAUUCUAAAUUAAAAGAACAAUCUAUAAAGAAUAAUGAUAUUCAACAAGAUAACAGGUUGAAAUCGAAUCAGUUUCUAAAUUCUGAAGCAUGUUCAUUCAAUGUAGAACAGAAAGUAUGUUCAUCAUCAAAUACAGAUCAAUUCAUUACAUUCUAUAAAACAAAACUGGAACAUUUAGAAAAUGAAUUGAGUCAAUUACGGUGUAAUUUCAAAAAAGAACAAUGUAUGCCUAAAUGUGAAAAUAAUCAAUCCAUGGAGACAUUCAUUGAAAUUAAUCCAACUAUAAUGAAUGAUGUUGAACAAAUGGAACCAUCGAAACAAUUAAAUAAAAAUGUCAAUACCUUAACAAAACAAUCAUCUUCUCACUGUGUUAAUCAUAAUUAUCAAUGUGAUCAACAUUUGAAUCAUAAUGAUAUGAAAACUAAUUAUGAUUUGUCAAAGACUGUAAAUAAUGAACAAAAUAUCACAUCAAUAAACAAUCAUAAUACAGACAAUCAUAGUGAACUUAGUGUAAAAUCAACGAACAAGAAACAUAUCAAAAGAAAUCAGAUAGUUACAAACUUCAAACAGAAAAACUGUUCAAAUGUAUUACCAGUAUGGGAAUUUAUUAAUGCUAAUGAUAAUUCCAUUGUAAAUAUUCAAUGUAUGGAUACAUUAACUCAUCAUCAAACAAUAAAGAAAAAUAUUUCAAUAAUGACUGAACCAGUCGAUAUGACAAUUCAAUCAAUUACUUGUUCAGUUGAAAAAUCUACACAAACUAUGGUGAAUGAGUUCAAUGACAAAUAUAUAACGAAUUAUCCAGUGGGAUUGAAUACAUCCAUCUCAACACCAACUUCACUACAUUCAAAUGUAAUAUUAAACCAUGAAGAUAACAAAUCUUUAGUAACUUCAUCAGUACAAACUGAUUCAGUGAACCAUCAUAAUCAUCAUCAUCAUCAUGAUUAUGAUUAUUACAAUAAUUUAACAAAAAGAAAUAACAAAGUCAAUAAGACAAGAAAGUGUGUAAAAUCAAAAAUACAAAACAAUCAAACAAGAAGAUCUAGAGAAUACAGAAGAAAUAGGAUGAAAAAUCGAUUAGUACAAGAGAAAAGUGAAUCUUUCUCCUCCUCCUUCUCGUCCUCUUCCUCAAAUUCCUCUAUAUCUUCAUCAUUUUUAUCUAAGAAGAACGAAAAAUUUGAUGAUAAUAAUAUUGAUUUUGAUAGAAAUAAUAAAGUGAAGUUAACUCCAUUUCAAAUACAAGAAGGAAAUCAUCAACUAGUUCAAGAUGUCAAACAAUUGAAUGUUUCAAAUGAUAUACCAUUGAAUAAUCCAGACAAAACAAGAAUUUCACUUUCAGAAGAUGAUGAAAAAGAAACUGGAUUUAUUGAAUUGAUUAGUAAAUCUUUACCACCUUGUAAAUUAAUCCAAGGACAAAGACAACAACAACAGCGACAACAACAACAAAUGGAUCUAUCAUUGAAAUAA